UUUAUAACAACUAGUUGUACAAUUAUUAUAUCUAUAAUAAAUAAUUGUAUAGCAUUUUUUACAAUGAUAGCUUCACACAACGUCGUUUUUUGCGUAUCAAUUGUCUUAGAUUUCUGUAUCUGUUACCUGAUAUUUUUUUUUCAAAUAAUCAAGUAGGUCAUCGGCAUUGUGUGUAUAACACACGCUGUCAACUUUUCGGAUCUAAUUUUGGUCUCCUCACCAUGUUUUUCUUCACUGUACGACAAGUAAAUGAUACAUAAGAAAAAAAAAUUAUAAAAAAUCCGUUAGUUGUGCGGGUAUCGAACCUGCGAAGUCCGGGGUGGAAGGCAUGUUCAAGCUGGCUACUUUAAGAGCAGCCGCCGAGAGCCGAAUAGUAUUAAUAUUAUUACCUUUAUUUCUUGAUCAUAUAAACCUUUUUUCAUAAUAAUUUUUUACGAUAAAUUAAGACUCGCUUUUUAAUUAAACAAAUGACGUUUAGUGCAAUUUAUUAUUAAUAUUGUACUAGAUUAGAAUUUACCGGUGUCUUCGUAAAAAUUAUAAAAGGCUUUAAAAAAGAAAAAUCUAAAUACGUCAUGAGAAAAGUUUAAAUAAGCUCUAUGACCAAUUAUUAUUGAAUAUCCUUUUUAGUACUAAAUAAAAUUUGAUUAGCGCGUCAAUUUGACAGUAAAUACUAAAGUUAUAAACACAUUACAAAUACAUACAUUACAAAUAUUUUAAUGGGUCAGAUAUUGGGAACUUGGAACACUCGACAUCUUGGUCUUAAAAUGGACGACAAGCCAACGUUUGGCGAAACGGCUGGUUUUAAAUAUUCUAGGACGAAACGGGCGCCUUGUGUAGAAGAGAAUCAUUUGAUAUCAGCAAAAAUUCCACCAAAAUACAGAGACUACUGCGCGCAUUGUUUGCUUGAAUAUAAUGCGUGUCGAUACAAAAAUUGGCCGUUACCCUAUAAGUGUGCUCACGAGAAACACAAUUAUCUUAACUGUGAGAAGGACGAUUAUGUUAUAAGGAUGAAGGAAUUCGAGAGAGAAAGAAGACUACGCGAACGCGAAAUAAGACUACAAAAGACAAAGGCUUAGUUUAUGAUAAUAAAUUUUUAAUGUUAUUUA